GAAAAGAAGUACAAGAUGGCGGACUGAGAGUCUGUGGCUUUUAUGGCUUUGAAGUUUAAAAUUUAGGAUGGAACAGCUUUGAAGAGGUUUCAUUACUGAAGCCCAUGAAACGGAAGUUCGGUUCGGAUCGAAAGAGUGUUAUCUGAUCUGAAGUGAAGACGUGAUAGAAGAUGGACGACUAUGCUAAGACGGCGACGUCCGGUAAAAGAGAAAGUGAAAGAGAAUCACCAACGGAGGAAAAGACGAAAACUGCAGAUACAGACAUCCAGAAGCUGAUUGGUCAUCCAGAAGAACUUCACAGUCAUCUGCAGUUGGGGAGCUCCGCUUUGAAGCAGACUCCACAGCCCCCCCACAUUAAAGAGGAAGAGGAGGAACUCUGGAUCACCCAGGAGGGAGAGUGUCUUCUAAAGCCGGAGGAAACAGAUCUCGCCGCGUUGCCACUGACUGUUGUCUCUGUGAAGACCGAAGAUGAUGAAGAAAAAACACCUGAAUCUUCUCGUCGGUUGGGUCCUGACGACGUCCAGCCUCAGGGGGGGAGCUCCACUUUGAAGCAGGAGGAUCCACAUCCCCCCCACAUUAAAAAGGAAGAGGAGGCACUUUGGAUCAGUCAGGAGGGAGAGUGUCUUCUCGGGCUGGCAGAAGCUGAUCUCACCAAGUUGCCACUGACUGUUGUCACUGUGAAGACCGAAGAUGAUGAUGAAGAGAAAUCACAAUCAGACAACCUCUUGAGCAGCGAUACGGACUCUGAAGGUGAUCUGAGGACUCACACUGACAACAAACACUCAGAAUGUUCUAAAGAGAAGACCCGUAAAGAAGGUUUGACCUGCUUAGUUUGUGCUAAAAGCUUUUCUCAUAAGGGGAACAUGAAUCAACACAUGAAAACACACACAAUGCAAACAGCGUGCUGUUCAGUUUGUGGUAAAAGCUUUACUCAAAAUAAGUAUUUAUCCAAACACAUGCAAACACACACAGGAGAGAAACUUUUUGAUUGUUCAGUUUGUGCCAAAAGGUUUUCUCUAAAGCGGUAUUUGACUGAACACAUGAAAACACACGCGCAAGAUAAAGCUUUUUGUUGCACGGUUUGUGGUAAAAGCUUUUAUUCCAAACUAGGUUUGAGUCGACACGCAAUGAAACACACGGGAGAAAAAGCAUUUAUUUGUUCAGUUUGUGGUAAGGGUUUCUAUACAAAAUCCAAUCUCGUAAGACACGAGCGAUCGCACACCGGAGAAAAACCAUUCAGUUGUUCAGUUUGCGGUAAAAACUUUUCUGUUAAGAGCCAUCUCAGUGGUCACAUGAGAACUCACACAGGAGAAAAACCUUUUAGUUGUUCUAUUUGUAACGAAAGCUUUUUUUACAGACACCGUUUGACUGAACAUGUCAUGAAACACACAGGAGAAAAACCCUUUCGCUGCACAGUUUGUGGGAAAAAAUUCAUCCAGAAGGUAGAUAUAAGAAGACACAUGAGAACGCACACGGGAGAAAGACCUUUUUGCUGCGCAGUUUGUGAUAAAAGAUUUGCUCAGAAGGUAACUAUGAAAACACAUAUGAAAACGCACACGGGGGGAAAAAUAGUUGCCUAAUUUAUGUUAUUUCGAAUGCAACUGCCCAACACAUGGCGCACAGAAGAAAAUCCUUAACACAGCAUUUUAUUACAAACAAGGCAGAUCACAUAGAUCUCAUUAAAAUGUUUACCGUAUUUUCCGCACCAUAAGCCGCCCUGGGUUAUAAGCCGCGCCUUCAAUGAACGGCAUAUUUCAAAACUUUG